AUGAAACAGCGGGGCGUUCAUGAUGUUUUCCACGCUUCGCUUCUGCGGGUACACCUGCCAAACGACGAUCGCCGCUUCCCGGGCCGACUGGAGAACCAGUUGGGCAUAUCUACCAGCGACGCCACCAACGAAUGGGCAGUCGACAAAAUUGUCGGACACCAUGGGCGACGUGCUGAAGCGAUAUUCGAGAUAUUGUGGAAGUCGGGAGACCGCACUUGGAUGCCGUAUGAUCAAGCCGCCCAUCUGUCAGCGCUCGCUGAUUAUUUGGAGGCGCUAGGCAUAGCCGAUGUCGGCCAGCUUCCCUACGGAACAGCUGGCCUGAACAAAGUAACUGGGGACAAAGCAAGCCUUGCAGUGGCUUGCGUCGCCCUCGAUUUGCCAGUGGCCUGGAAUCCGCGCACGUUAAAAGGGCUCGCAAUGGAGCUUGGUUUCUCAUCGACUCCCCCCGACUCAAACUUGCUGCGCUCUACCGAUCGAACCAUGACUGCUGCCGCUGUCGUUCCUCCUCGCUUCGCUGCCGCGGCCGAUCCUUGCCGAAUCAUCCCACUUGCGGAAAUUCCCGUCGAAUACAGCGACUUCAACGCUGCUCAUCGCGUGAUCCGUCGACAAAGCCGUGACUCCUUCGUGGUCAUCGACGGCGCUUCUGGAGCCGAAUCCAUCAUGUCGGCAAUGCAAGUCCGCCUCUAUGUCCUCCAGAACAUCUGGAACAACAACCCCGACAAUGAUGUCUGUCGCAACCCCGCGGGCUAUCGCACUUUCGCGAUCAACAUGAACACCUACGACCAUCACAACUCGGGUUGGUCUUACUUCGAGGACGGAGAAGAGGGUGGAUACUUCUACUGGGUUGAUGCAGAGGUUCCUACCCUCGCCGAGUUCAUGGUCCGCGGCGUCGAUGUCUUCCCGAAUGUCGUGCCGCCAGGCAAGGUCCUUGUCGACAAAGCAUGGGUUGAAGGUGUGAUGGAGGAGGGCCGUCGCCGUGAGGUUGUUCGGCGCGAACGCAUUGCGGAACGUGUCCAGAAACGCCAAGAGAAGGCAUCGGGUGGAGCAUUGUAUGUCACCCCUGCGAUGCGUCUUACCCUUCGCAGCCGCCAAGUGGAGGCUUCGCGUGCUUCGACUCCUGCAGUCACUGUCAACAACGAUGAGACUAACGGUGAAAUGCAAGGCUAG